AUGUUUUCUGUUUAACCAGAAGGUUCGAAACCUAAGAAGUUUUAGGGAGGUCGAAUUCACUUAAGACCUAUAGAUAGUAUAGGGAGAGACUUUGAUUUAGGAAAUAUUGAAACCAAAGGCAGAAGACAUUUCUCUUUUGAUCCCACACCAGUUAUGCAAUACAAACCUCAAUUAAGGGUAGGGUUUCCAAAAAAUGUCACUAAUCCUGAAAUAUUAUUUACUCAUUAGAGUCAAGGAGGGCCUGAUAAAUUGACUUAUAUGCCUCCAAUCAAAAAGCACAAAGAGUUUAUUUCCACUAUGAGAAAAACCGUCAUUAACAAAGAAUAUGAGGAACAAUAGACUGAAAACCGAAGGAUGAUUGAGGAGCUGGAUGUUUGGGAAAAAAAGUUUAGAAAAUAAUGA